AUGGGCUGGUGCUGGUUCCAUCUUGGCGAGUACCGUCGCGCGUUGGAACAAUAUCUGCAGCUCCGCUCACGUGAAAAUCUGGACUCGCGUAUCGCUGAUAAUAUGGCUAUUGACCUCGCUGUAUGCUAUUUUUAUUUAGGGAUGUACAAGGAGUCUCAAGAAGCAAUUGAGGAGGCGCCUAAAUGCGCUAUUAAGAACCGCCUGCAAUUACACUUGGCACAUAAGCUGGGCGACGAGGAGUCGCUGGUGCAGGCACACGCAGCGCUGAGAGACGUAUCUGAGGACCAGCUUAGUCUAGCCGCGGUGCAUUAUUUACGAGCGCACUACCAGGAGGCCAUCGACGUGUACAAGAAGCUUCUGCUCGAGAGAAGAACAUACAUGGCGCUUAACGUUUACGUGGCGUUAUGUUACUAUAAGCUGGACUACUACGACGUAUCGCAGGAGGUCCUGGGGGUGUACCUGGCGCAGCAUCCCACUUCAACCAUAGCUGGCAAUCUUAAGGCGUGCAAUUUAUUCAGGUUAUACAACGGAAAGGCAGCUGAAAACGAAUUGAAACAAAUCGCCUCCGAUCAGCACACCUUUGGCCAGGAAUUGGUCAAACACAAUAUGAUUGUGUUUCGGAACGGAGAAGGCGCGCUAAAGGUGCUGCCGGAGCUAGUGGACGUGGUGCCCGAGGCGCGGCUGAACCUGGCCAGUGUGCGUUUGCGGCGCGGCGAAGCGCUGGAGGCGCGCGAACUGCUGCGGCCCCUGGAGCCCAGCGCACCGCUGCACUACAUACUGCAAGCCGUAGUCGCAGUGCGCCUGUACAACGACACUGGUGAUGAGGAGCAAAUGAAAAUAGCGCAGCAGAACUUCCACAUAGUGGGCAGCUCGGCAUCGGAAUGCGAUACGAUCCCCGGCCGACAGUGCAUGGCCUCCUCCUACUUCCUGGCCGGCCAGUUCGAUGAGGUGCUCGUGUAUCUCAACUCUAUCAAGAGCUUCUUUGUGAAUGACGACACGUUUAAUUUUAAUUACGCACAGGCCAAAGCUGCUACGGGGUUCUACCGCGAAGCCCAGGAAUGUCUCUUGGCUAUUCAGGACGAGGAGAUUCGGAGCUCCUUCACGUAUCUCUCGUGCCUGUGCCGGUGUCACGUCAUGAACAAGGAGGCCAAUCUCGCCUGGGAAAUCUGUUCUAAGGCGUCCGGGAGUCCGGACGGCUUUGCUCUGCUGCAGCUGGUUGCGAAUGACAGUUACCGCAUGGGUCAGUUCCUAGUCGCGGCGAAAGCAUUCCACGCGCUCGAUAAGCUGGACGGUGGUCCGGAGAUGUGGGAGGGUCUACGCGGCGCGGUGUGCGGCGCGGCGCAGGCGGCCGCCGCAGGUGCGCCGGGCGCGGCCGCCGCCCUGCGCGAAGCACUCGCACUGCUGCGGGGCCCGGGCUCACGUCCCGGCGCUGAGCACAUCGUGAGGCCCAUCACGAAAUGGGCGCAGCAGAACAGGAUACCGGUCUGA